GCUCCCUCAGCUCCAACCUCAACAUCAAUGAUGUGCUGGGGAACUACUCGCUGACGCUGAUCGACGCGCUGGACACGCUGGCGGUAAUGGGAAACUCCUCAGAAUUCCAGAAGGCAGUGAAGUUGGUGAUUGACACAGUGUCGUUUGACAAAGACUCAACAGUCCAAGUGUUUGAGGCAACAAUCAGGGUUUUGGGGAGCCUGCUGUCUGCACACAUCAUAAUCACCGACACCAAACAGCCUUUUGGGGAUAUGAGCAUCAAGGAUUAUGACAAUGAGCUGCUGCACAUGGCUCAUGACCUGGCAGUGAGGCUGCUGCCAGCCUUUGAGAACACCAAAACCGGGCUUCCUUACCCUCGGGUGAACCUGAAGAAGGGGGUUCCUCCAGACAGCCACAAUGAAACCUGCACAGCAGGAGCUGGGUCCUUGCUGGUGGAGUUUGGGAUCCUCAGCAGGCUGCUUGGUGAUUCCACCUUUGAAUGGGUGGCCAGAAGAGCUGUCAAGGCACUCUGGAGCCUCAGGAGCAAUAACACUGGACUGCUAGGAAACGUUGUGAAUAUCCAAACUGGUCAUUGGGUUGGAAAGCAAAGUGGCCUGGGAGCAGGGUCGGAUUCGUUCUAUGAGUACCUGCUGAAGUCUUACAUCCUCUUUGGAGAGAAGGAAGACUUGCAGAUGUUCAAUGAUGCUUAUCAGAACAUCCAGAACCACUUGAGGAGAGGUCGAGAGGCCUGCAAUGAGGGUGAGGGUGACCCUCCCCUCUAUGUCAACGUGAACAUGUACACGGGGCAGCUGAUGAACACCUGGAUUGACUCUCUGCAAGCCUUUUUUCCUGGACUGCAGGUGUUGAUAGGAGAUGUGGAAGAUGCAAUUUGUCUCCAUGCUUUCUAUUAUGCCAUAUGGAAACGAUAUGGAGCUCUCCCAGAAAGGUACAACUGGCAACUGCAGGCACCUGAUGUUCCCUUCUACCCACUGAGGCCGGAGCUAGUGGAGUCCACAUAUCUCCUUUAUCAGGCCACAAAGAACCCGUUUUACCUUCAUGUGGGAAUGGAUAUUCUGCAGAGUUUGGAAAAAUAUACAAAAGCAAAGUGUGGCUAUGCCACGUUACACCACGUGGUAGAGAAGACGCAGGAAGAUCGAAUGGAGAGCUUUUUCCUCAGUGAAACCUGUAAAUACUUGUACCUGUUGUUUGAUGAAGAGAAUCCUGUGCACAAAUCUGGAAACAAGUUUAUGUUUACUACUGAGGGACACAUUGUGUCCGUGGAUGAACGUUUUCGCAACUCCCUGUGGCAGGACAUCCUCCCUGAAGAAGAGGAGAGUGCAGAGAAGGUGAAACCCAGCGAGUUAAAGGCAGCCAACUUCAGCUCUAACUGUAACAGAGUCCCUGAUGAGAGGAGGUAUCUGCUGCCACUGAAGAGCAACUACAUGAGGCAGAUCGAUCGCAUGGUGGGACUGAUCUGAGGGGCUCUGCAGAGAAACCUUGGUCCUGCCUCAGGAGGAGUGUGGUGUGUCUGCAGACAUUCUCUCCUCUCAGCUCCUCACCU